AUGGAAGCUCAAGAAUCAACAGGAAGAACCCAAAUCUGGGCUCGGCCAAAUAUUCCUGUUUUAUGUUAUGUAAAGGGAUUUCUACCUUAUUUUUAUAUCCCGGCCCCGAAUGGAUUUAAAAGUGGUGAUGUUGCUGAAUUUAAGUCUAGUCUUGAACAAGAAAUUUCUUCGGGCGGACGAGAAUUAUUGAAUAAGAUUGAAGUUAAAUUUAAAGAAACUAUACAAGGAUAUCACGGGAAGCAAAAGUGCCCAUUCCUCAAACUUUCUUUUGUCGAUACAAAAACAUUAAAUGUUGCAAGGCGAAUAGUUGAGGAUGGAAAAUUUACUUUUAAAGGCCGAGAAAUCACGGAAAUGACAUUUGAAAGUAAUCUUAAAUAUGUUUUGCGGUUCAUGAUCGAUUGCAAAUUAAUUAGUCAUCCUCCCGAAGGAAAUUGGUUAAAAAUUGCUCCAUUACGCAUUUUGAGUUUUGACAUAGAAUGUGCUGGGCGCAAAGGAAUAUUUCCUGAAGCGACACAAGAUCCAGUAAUUCAAAUUGCCAACAUGGAUGCUUAUCUUCCUCAAAGACUUAUGGAUAAACUUAUGUGUCUGAUUAAUUACUUGGAAAUGGCUCGUGUAACUGGUGUACCUUUCAACUACCUUUUAUCUCGUGGUCAGCAAAUUAAGGUUAUUUCGCAAUUAUACAGAAAAGCAAUUGAACAAGACUUUGUUAUACCUGCGAGGAAAAACGUAGAAGGAACGGAUGAACCAUUUGAAGGGGCAACUGUAAUAGAUCCAGAGAAAGGAUUUUAUAAUGUUCCAAUUACAACCCUCGAUUUUAGUUCUCUGUAUCCAUCAAUCAUGAUGGCACAUAACCUUUGUUAUACGACAAUGGUAGAUCAAAGGGAAAUAGAUAAUUUAAAUUUAAAGAAUGAUAGUGACUAUAUAAUUACGCCAUAUCAGUCAGGUGACAUAUUUACCACUCGUAGACUUUUACCUUCCAUCCUUGAAGAUUUACUUUCUGCACGUAAAAAAGCAAAAGCUGAUCUCAAGAAUGAGACGGAUCCCUUCAAAAGAGCGGUUUUAGACGGGCUUUACGGCUUUACUGGCGCAUCAGCAGGUCAAAUGCCUUGCCUUGAAAUUUCAGCAAGUGUCACAGCGUACGGACGUCAAAUGAUUGAACAAACCAAGCGGGAAGUAGAAAGUCGAUUUACUAUUGAAAAUGGCUAUACGCAUGAUGCUCAAGUUAUUUACGGUGAUACAGAUUCUGUUAUGGUUAAAUUUGGUGUGGAUAAUUUAGUUGAUGCUAUGAAACUAG